AUGGACUACUGCGACUCCGAUCAGUCAAGCAACUCAAGCAUCGCCUGGGAUGCGUCGCCUAAGACAGCGCCUCAGCCGACCAUCCGCCGGUCAUCAAUGACUGAGUCUUUGCCGCCGGAAAUUGUCCUCGCCAUCCUACAAGCCCUCGUCACCCAAGCCGUGGAGAUAGCCGACGAGAUGGCAAUGGUUCUCACGUACUCCGACGCGAGAUACGACUCCAAGCUUGAUAUUCUCAUUCACACCCGCUUCGCCUGGCAGCACGAUUCCACCCAGAUGAGACGCUUCCGCAGCAUUCGCGCGCCCUUGCAGAUCAACCACCAUACUAGACGACUUAUCCACGAGCAUUUUGUCCCCUUUCCCAUGCGAACUGCCAGGCCCCGAUCGAGACACAUGGGCUGGGUCUGUCCAAAGUUAGAUCUCUUUUACCUCAAUACCGACGCCGACGAAGAACAGGGUAAUCUCAAGCGUGCGAUCGAGAGCCCAACGCCACUCGACGCCCAGCUCGUCAAGAGCAUCGAGGUAGUCCACGAUUUUCCGCCCUACUUUUUCGGCGAGGGCUGGGUCCCAGAACUCGAGACAGUUUACGCCCUGCCAAAUCUGCGCGAGAUCAAUCUCAAUAUCGGAUACACCGGUGAUGAGUUCGAGCCAGUACCGGUCCCGAAAGAGCUGCACUCCCAUGCCGACUUGCUUCCAAUUGACGCAGAUCUCUUCCCAGAGCUGGCACUAUACUUCAACGACGACGAACCGAACGAAAAUUACGCAAUAUGGGCGGAGAAAGCUCGUGCAAGGGGCAUCAAAAUCUUUUGCAUCGACCCGCGAUUCUUUUGGUUCUGGAAGACGAUCGAGUUGAUUCAAACUCCUGCCGGCACAAGAAUGAAGUUUGUUCAUCCCGAAUGUCGAUGCUAUAAGGGAUCGCCGUGUGGGUUGGACGACUCGGGUAACUCAAGUUUAUCCUCGGGGUGGUAUGAUUCAUCGUGA